AAAAUAAUCCCAUAAUUCUCUUUUCCCUCUCCAUUCAUAAGGCACAACUCUCCCCUCUCCUCUCUCACUUCACACCACACCUCUCUCGUCACUACAAGCAGCUACCAUUGCCUCUGCUGCUGAUCUUUCUCACACUCCAUGGAAGCCAGCGCCGGACUCGUCGCCGGUUCUCAUAACCGGAAUGAACUCGUCGUCAUUCAUGGCCAUGAAGAGCCGAAGACAUUGCGGAACUUGGAUGGUCAAGUGUGUGAGAUAUGUGGAGACCAAGUGGGGCUGACAGUGGAUGGAGAGUUGUUUGUUGCCUGUAAUGAGUGUGGUUUUCCUGUGUGCCGUCCUUGCUAUGAGUACGAGAGAAGAGAAGGCUCUCAAAACUGCCCCCAGUGCAAAACCAGAUUCAAACGUCUCAAAGGGAGCCCUAGGGUGGAUGGAGAUGAGGAUGAGGAAGAUGUUGAUGAUAUUGAGUAUGAGUUCAAAGUGGAGGAUGAAAGGAAAAGGCAAGAGCAUGUUGUGGAUGCCCUGCUUCAUGGCAAAAUGAGCUAUGGAAGAGGCCAUGAAGAUGAGGAGACUUCCAAUGCCCAAUUCCCACCUGUUAUUGCUGGUGGUAGAAGCAGACAGGUCAGUGGAGAGUUCCCAUUGGCAUCCCAUGGUCAUGAUCAGCAAAUGUUAUCUUCUUCUCUGCAUAAGAGAGUUCACCCAUAUCCAGUUUCUGAACCAGGGAGUGAAAAAUGGGAUGACAAGAAAGAGGGAGGAUGGAAAGAAAGAAUGGAUGAUUGGAAAAUGCAGCAGGGAAAUCUUGGCCCUGACCCUCAUGAUGAUUCCAAUGAUCAAGACAUGGCUCUGAUGGAUGAGGCAAGGCAGCCACUAUCAAGAAAAGUACCACUCCCAUCAAGCAGGCUCAAUCCAUAUCGAAUGGUGAUUGUGGCUCGGCUGUUCAUCCUGGCCUUGUUCUUCCAUUAUAGAAUUCUGAACCCAGUUGAGGAUUCAUUUGGUCUCUGGUUAACUUCUGUGAUAUGUGAGAUUUGGUUUGGUUUUUCAUGGAUUCUUGAUCAGUUUCCCAAAUGGUUUCCUAUCGAUCGUGAGACCUAUCUUGACCGUCUUUCAAUCAGGUAUGAGAGAGAGGGAGAGCCAAACAUGCUUGCCCCAGUUGAUGUGUUUGUGAGUACAGUGGAUCCAAUGAAGGAACCUCCUAUUGUUACUGCCAACACAAUUCUUUCGAUCUUGGCAAUGGACUACCCAGUUGACAAGAUCUCUUGCUACAUUUCUGAUGAUGGAGCUUCCAUGUGCACAUUCGAAGCCUUAUCGGAAACUGCAGAGUUUGCUCGGAAAUGGGUUCCUUUCUGCAAGAAGUUUAACAUAGAGCCAAGAGCUCCUGAUAUGUACUUCUCCGAGAAGAUUGAUUACCUCAAGGACAAAGUGCAACCUACUUUUGUCAAGGAGAGACGAGCCAUGAAGAGAGAGUACGAGGAAUUCAAGGUGAGGAUCAAUGCUCUUGUGGCCAAAGCUACAAAGGUUCCUGCAGAAGGUUGGAUUAUGCAAGAUGGAACACCAUGGCCUGGAAACAACACCAAGGAUCACCCUGGUAUGAUUCAGGUUUUUCUUGGUCACAGUGGAGGGCUUGACACUGAGGGAAAUGAGCUUCCUCGCCUUGUCUAUGUCUCUCGUGAGAAAAGGCCUGGUUUCCAACAUCACAAGAAAGCUGGUGCCAUGAAUUGCCUGGUACGAGUUUCUGCAGUGCUUACCAAUGCUCCAUUCAUGCUGAACUUGGAUUGUGAUCAUUAUAUUAACAACAGCAAGGCUGCGAGAGAGGCCAUGUGUUUCUUGAUGGAUCCUCAGGUGGGCAAGAGAGUCUGCUAUGUUCAGUUCCCUCAAAGAUUUGAUGGUAUUGAUAAGAACGAUCGAUAUGCCAACAAGAACUCAGUCUUCUUUGAUAUUAACAUGCGAGGUCUAGACGGUGUUCAAGGACCAGUAUAUGUCGGUACAGGUUGUGUAUUCAGACGGCAAGCCUUAUAUGGCUACAAUCCUCCAAAGGGCCCAAAGCGUCCAAAGAUGGUGAGCUGUGACUGCUGCCCUUGCUUUGGCCGCCGCAAGAAGCUUCCCAAGUAUGUCAAGAAUGAUGCAAAUGAAGGAGCAAGCCUACAAGGAGUGGAAGAUGACAAGGAGAUGCUAAUGUCCCAAAUGAAUUUCGAAAAGAAAUUCGGACAAUCUGCAAUUUUUGUGACUUCAACCUUGAUGACUGAAGGUGGUGUGCCUCCUUCCUCAAGUCCAGCAGCCCUGCUCAAAGAAGCCAUUCAUGUCAUCAGUUGUGGUUAUGAAGACAAAACAGAAUGGGGUCGUGAGCUAGGAUGGAUUUAUGGGUCUAUCACAGAGGAUAUUCUGACUGGAUUUAAGAUGCAUUGCCGUGGUUGGAGGUCAAUUUACUGUAUGCCAAAGAGACCUGCAUUCAAGGGUACAGCACCCAUCAAUCUUUCAGAUCGGCUCAACCAGGUACUUCGGUGGGCUCUAGGUUCCAUUGAAAUCUUUUUCAGUCACCAUUGUCCUCUCUGGUAUGGCCACAAGCAAGGAAAGCUCAAGUGGCUCGAGCGGUUUGCUUAUGUCAACACCACUGUCUACCCUUUCACCUCCCUGCCUCUUCUUGCCUACUGUACCCUCCCUGCAAUCUGCUUGCUCACUGAUAAAUUCAUCAUGCCACCGAUAAGCACUUGGGCAAGUCUCUACUUCAUUUCUCUGUUCGUCUCAAUCUUUGCUACGGGUAUUCUUGAGCUGAGAUGGAGUGGAGUAAGCAUUGAAGAGUGGUGGAGAAACGAGCAGUUCUGGGUCAUUGGUGGUGUAUCAGCUCACUUAUUUGCUGUUGUACAAGGUCUUCUCAAGAUUUUGGCUGGAAUUGACACCAACUUUACAGUCACGUCAAAAACAACAGAUGAUGAUGAUUUUGGAGAGUUGUAUGCCUUUAAAUGGACCACACUCCUAAUUCCCCCAACCACUCUAUUAAUCAUCAACAUUGUUGGAGUGGUAGCUGGGAUUGCAGAUGCCAUAAACAAUGGAUACCAAUCAUGGGGUCCUCUAUUUGGAAAGCUUUUCUUCGCCUUCUGGGUGAUUGUCCAUCUCUAUCCCUUCCUUAAAGGUCUGAUGGGGCGCCAGAACCGAACACCUACCAUUGUCGUCAUAUGGUCAAUACUUUUGGCUUCCAUCUUCUCCUUACUUUGGGUCCGGAUUGAUCCAUUUGUAAUGAAGACCAAGGGGCCUGAUGUUAAGCAAUGUGGACUCAACUGCUGAAAAUACUUUGUACUAACAUUUGUCCUCCUUUCAAUGUGUGCAUCUCCACAAGAUACAAGGUGUAUUCUUGUUUAUGUGACUAUGAUGUAUAAAACAAAUACACUGCAGAUUCUCAAGAAUGAAUAAGAUAGAGUGAAAUUUUUGUGUAGCAUAAAUUCAAUGUAUGUACCCAGUUUUGCAAUUGAAAUGGAAUUGUUGAUCAUGAUGCUUUUUA